AUUACGCAGCGCGUGCGGGUAUGUUUGUGUUCGUGUGUCUCUGCUGCGCUUGAAGACAUGGCAACCAAAAUGGAGCUCGCACCCCUCAGACCGUGGGAUGACUUCUUCCCCGGGACGGACCGGUUCGCCAAACCCGAGUUCGGAGAUUUAACAAAGUGGAACAACAGAGUGAUCAGUAAUUUACUGUACUACCAGACCAAUUAUUUCGCCGUGGCUGUGGUGGUUUUCCUCAUUGUAGGGUUCCUGAACCCAUUUGGCAUGUUUCUGGGAGGAGCUGUGGUGACACUGGUCUUCAUGGGUUCAGUGUGGGCAGGAGAGAACAAGGCCAUGGUCAAGAAUUUCAAAAAGAAGAACCCCACGCUGUUUGUCAUCGGGGUCAUGGUCACUAGUUACUUUCUGCUGUCGCUGUGUGGCGGCGUCAUGGUCUUCAUCUUUGGCAUCACUUUCCCUUUGCUGUUAAUUCUGAUCCACGCCUCUCUGAGACUGCGCAACAUGAAGAACAGACUGGAGAACAAGAUUGAGGGUGUCGGGCUGAAGAAGACCCCCAUGGGCGUCAUCAUGGACCUGCUGGAUCAGCAGGAGGAGAAAAUGAACAAGAUUCAGGAUUUCAUUGAGAGCAAACUGAAGGAAUAAGAAGCUAGCCAAACGUGUGCCAAGGGGAGUUCAGUGUCAUAUAGUAUGGAUUAAAAUUUCCAUAGCAUAGUCCCAUGUGUUGAGUUUUUAUCCCCUCUGUACAUGUAAAGUUACUGACGUUUGCAUUCCCAUACUUUUUCAUCCAUCAUUCUAUUUUGUGUGACUCACAGAUGGAUAGUAACAUUAUUACAAGAUUUGCACAAUCACAGCGUAGAUUGGAUGUUGAAAGGCAAUGGGCACCAAAGGUUACCAAAGGUCAUUCCUGUGUCAAAAAAUGUUCUAAAUACAAAUCAUUUGUCGACUUUGUUCCCCAUGACGACUGAGUAUUUAUUUUUUAGCAAAAUGAAGCAGAAUGUCUUAACACAAUAUCUGUUGUGUUUGUUCUAAAAUCAGAUCCUUUCAGUUUGCUACCUCAACACAAGCAUGUUUAAUUUACCCAAAACCCAGUGAACUGUUAACUGCUUAUUGAAUAGCAAUAACUCCCGUCUUGGACCUGUAUGAAUACUGGUUUGAGACCAGUUUGCUUCUCGUGUAGACAUGGUUAUAUGGCCUGAUUAAUAAUCUUGGAGUUUAAAUAUUCCUAUUCUUAUUAAGAUGCGUGCACACAGUUCCUGACCGUGCAGGCUGGCCUGAGUGUAUCCCUUCUGAUCACAGCUAUGCAAUAUUGAAAAAUGAAUGGCAAGUGCAGCUUUAUUGUUUGAAUAUUAUGUCAUGAUGUGUAAAGUUUGUUGUUAUUUCUGAUGUGUCUUUAUUUUCUUAAUAUAGCAUGCAGAAAUGUAUUAAAUGGCUAUAGGAUACAAAGGACAUAAUUUUGGCAGUGAGACAAAUUAUUUAUUAAAUUAAUUAACUUCCCA